CAAUGUCCGACUGUUAAACUUAGGACGGCGGGUGGGGGAGUGCGUGCACAAAAAAGACCGGUGUUUCUACAAAAUGCCUCAAAAAGUUCUCAAGUGCGUUAUUCAGCUUGAAAUCCACGCGGUAACCUGUCCUGGUGUGAUGUUGCCAAGAAAAGAUGAGCUCUAUAUCAAUAUUUAUAUGCUUGGCCAGUACUGGAAGACAAAAUGUUUUAUGCCAAUAUUCCCACUUCUUAUUCAUGAAAGUCUGCAGUUUGAAAAGGUGUUUGGAAAAGAUGUUGUUGACCCUGCAGAUGUUGCUGCCUUCUUGGAAUGUGACACCACUAAGUUUGAACUGAUGCAGUACAGUCCUUCAGUGGAUGAAAUCUUAGCAAACUACGAAGACAGUACUAGGAAUUUCUUGUUCCCCGAGCCAAAAUUAACACCGUCAUACCCUGGAGUGGAUAGAGAAGUGCUGAUGAAAAGAUGUUCACCAGCUUUUUUAAUUGCACCUAAAUUGGAGUUUUCCACGACAACAACAAUUACAGAGUGCUGCCCCAGAUCACCAAAGAAAAUUUCUUCCAGUUUAUGCCUGUCAGAAAGUGGAAGAAAGGAGAAUCAAUUUAGAAGACCAAGGUGUGCCAAAUCAUUUAACCUGAUAGGAAGAUCAUGCAGUGAAAAGAAAUCUGAAAAGGAACGCAAGAAGCCAGCGGUAGCAGCCAGAUCACGAUCACUUUCUCCAUACUGUAGGAAGUGUUUACUUGAGCUGUGUUUAGAUGAUGGGCAACAUUCAUCCCCACGCAAGUCAGAUUCCUUUGGAAGGACUUUUACGAAUCGCUCUUGUGACAGAAAUCCAUGUGAGAAAAAGCAUUCAUCUUCAAUAUCAUGCUCAUCCUUUGAUAGAAGUGCAAAGCCCAGGCCAAGAACUGCUUCUCCAUCAAUCUGUCAUAUUGAUAGUUGCAGAUCACGGUAUGAUAUAGCGAAGAAUUUUGAUGCCAAGGAGCCUAUUAGUUGGGAUGAACUGUCUAGUGAAGCGGAGGAACUUAUUAGUUUUCCACUAAAUUCAACUACUCGAGAUAAUCCAAGUGAUCUAUGCUCAUCUUCUGCUCAUUCAAGGAGAAAACCACCCUGUCAGACAAACAGGUUUUAUUUUGAUCCAGUGAGCCACCCUGCCUGGGACAGAAUUCAUGAGAGAGUCCAAAAUCUGCUAGCAAGUAUUGAUGCACAGGAAAGAGCUUCAGCAAGGAAUAUUAAUUUCACCUGCCCACCAUGCUCGUAGGACCACACGAGUGCAAAAGCAACAUUUUCUAAUGAGUAUGGUAUGUGGAAGAGAUCUUCCUGGAUUCUACCAGUGCAGCAAAACAUGGACAAAUAAAGCAAGAAUAAAUUUGUCAACAAUGUGUAACGUAAUUUUCACAUCGCUAUUUAAAUCAAUUAUUCAGAUAUAACUUGUGUUAUAUUGUAAGGAGCAUUGCAGUUUAUUUGUGCACUAUAUUGUACUUGGCUAACUUGCUGUUUUAUCAAACUGAUUCUUUAAUGGAUUUUUGGUUUUCUGCAAUUAAUUACUUGCAAUUUAAGCAAUGUGCAGCUUUAGGAAGCGCAUCAACACAGAAGAAAAUUGUUUCAUAUCCUCAAAAGACCCAGUUAUUGAUUUAAUAUCAAUUGAUGGAAGACAACAGACUAAACCAGCAGUACAUUGUCAGCUCAGCACUGUUUAAAGGGCCACUCAGUACAAAGUGCUUUCCAACUAAAUGAUUUGCUGGUUUAAUGUGCCACGUUUAAUGCAUAGCUUUUCUUCAGGGGCAGUUCUCCUUAACAACACAAGGGCAUGCAUUCCAUGCUUAUUUAUAGUCUGUCAGACAAGGAACAGUGUGGGUAGCUCAUUUAAUUCACAUCAGCAUCAAUAGCUAAGAAUAUCUCUUCCUUGGUCCUGAGUAAUUUAUAACAUCCGCAGUGAACCGAAAAGCUGACUGUCCAAUUUGUGUUAUCUCUCACUCCUAAUGUUGCUAUGAGUAUUGUGCCACAAGGCAAAAUUAUGAAAUUAUAAACAAUGUUAAUUCAAAUUUCCAUUACUGGCUAGAUUUUUUUUAGUUGGGCUGUAAUGUCAAUGGAUGUCACCUCUUCCCUUUUACCCAUUUUUUUUUUUAAAGCGCUAUUAGUAGGAUAUCACAAUAUUAUUCAAAUAUUUCUUUGAAUUUUGUCUUGUGCUGAAACUGAGACAUCAUCUACAUGUCACCACGUGUUAGAGUUGGAAAAUGCAUACUAAAUUAGAAGUCAAUGCCAUUAAAUACUGUUGAGUAUUGAUGUUAUUAGAUGAAGUGCAAGUGCAACCUCGAGACAGGGCACAGAUAAAAAUGGGCUAAAGAUACAUUCUGAAGAUCUGGAUCUGAUAUGUGCUUAGAGCCAGUGGUGAUGUGGUAUUGCAGACACUGGCUUAUCCCAGUGUGCAGGCCAUUAACAUAAGUUGGCUAUUCCCCUCCUGCAAAACAGAUCUAGUAUAUAACUCAUGAGAAAGCACCUUUAAAAACCUCCGAUAUUGUGCAAUACUAAUUUAAAAGAGUACAUAAUGCCAUAAUGUUCUACUGAAAUGUUUGUAAUCCAUUAUGUGUGCUGGUUUUGUUCUUGUUUUCUUAACUGUGUGCAAAAGAAAUCCAAUAUCGGAGUUCUUAUAAUGAUUAACUCUUUGUAGCCUUUGUAAACAACAAUGCUUAAAUCACAGCUGAUGUUUAGAGUCAGGAAGGAAUGUGAUCUCUUGGUGGCUGGUCCAUUCAGAAAAAUCAACAAGAAGGUUCACUCGAGUAUUAAUAGCUGGAUCUUGACAGAACAAUAUUGACCAACAAAAAUAGUUGGGGAACUGACAGGACACAGUUGCGUGUUAAAAUAGAGUAGCAUAGAGGUAGUCAUUGGGCUCUAAGGACAACGGUUCCUGGUGUGAUGCCAGUGGAUUAGUGAACUAGGAAAGGGAAACCUAGUGAGCCAGAAAGGCCUAUGUCUUCAUUGUGGGGCAGGGCAUUCAAUGCCUCAAGGAAAUCAAUAGAUUACUUACAUUUGUCUAGAUUUGCAUGGCCCUGGUUUGUUUUCCCAGAAUGUUGUCUGGCUCAAGCCUAGGGCUUUUUAAAAAAAACAUGCAGUCAGGUCAUGGUGAUGACAUUAACGCCUGUAUCUGUAUCUUGGAAAAGAAAUUUACCAGCUUCUACUAAAUGCCCUUGGUACUCAGAAUUUAAGAUUAUAGUUGGCCAAAUUCGGGUGGGUUUAAACUAAUUCAGCAGGGGGAUGGGAACCAAAAUUGUAGUUCGAGUGUAGAAAUGGGUUGAGAGUAGGGAGGCCCAAAAUAAAGUUUCAGGGAUGCAAGAUGGCACCGGCAAGCAAGAAGUUGAAGUGUGAAGUGUGUCUACUUCAACACCAGGAGCGUCCAGAAUAAGGUGGGUGAACUUGCAGCAUGGGUUAGUACCUGGGACUUCGAUGUUGUGGCCAUUUCGGAGACAUGGAUAGAGCAGGGACAGGAAUGGUUGUUGCAGGUUCCAGGAUUUAGAUGUUUCAGUAAGAACAGAGAAGAUGGUAAAAGGGGCGGAGGUGUGACAUUGCUCGUCAAGGACAGUAUUACAGUUGCAGAAAGGAUGUUUGGGGACUCGGCAACUGAGGUAGUAUGGGCUGAGGUUAGAAACGGGAAAGGAGAGGUCACCCUGUUGGGAGUUUUCUAUAGGCCUCCGAAUAGUUCCAGAGAUGUAGAGGAAAGGAUAGCAAAGAUGAUUCUUGAUAGGAGUGAGAGAGACAGGUCGUUGUCAUGGGGGCUUCAACUUUACAGAUAUUGACUGGGAACACUAUAGUUCGAGUACUAUAGAUGGGUCAGUUUUUGUCCAGUGUUGCAGGAGGGCUUCCUGACACAGGAUGUAGAUAGGCCAACAAGAGGCGAAGCCACAUUAGAUUUGGUACUGGGUAAUGAGCCUGGUCAGGUGUUAGAUUUGGAAGUAGGUGACCACUUCGGUGAUAGUGAUCACAAAUCUGUUAUGUUUACGUUAGUGAUGAAAAGGGAUAGGUGUAUACCACUGGGCAAGAGUUAUAGCUGAGGGAAAGGCAAUGACGAUGAGAUUAGGCAAGAUUUAGGGAGCAUAGGAUGGGGAAGGAAACUGCAGGGGAUGGGCACAUUAGAAAUGUGGAGCUUAUUCAAGGAAAAGCUCUUGUGUGUCCUAGAUAAGUAUGGACCUGUCAGGCAAGGAGGAAGCUGUAGAGCAUGGGAGCCGUGGUUUGCGAAGGAGGUGGAAUCUCUAGUCAAGAGGAAGAAGCAGGCUUAUGUUAGGAUGAGAUGUGAAGGCUCAGGGCGCUUGAGGGUUACGAGUUAGCCAGGAAAGACCUAAAGAGAGAGCUCAGAAGAGCCAGGAGGAGACAUGAGAAGUUGUUGGCAGAUAGGAUCAAGGUAAACCCUAAGGCUUUCUAUAGGUAUUUAAGGAAUAAAAGAAUGACGAAAGUAAGAUUAGGCCCGAUCAAGGAUAGUAGUGGGAAGUUGUGUGUGGAGUCAGAGGAGAUAGGGGAAGCACUAAAUGAAUAUUUUUCAACAGUAUUCACCCUAGAAACGACAAUAAUAUACUGCAUUCGUUGUACCCGGUGUGGCUCCCUCUACAUUGGGGAAACCAAGCGGAGGCUUGGGGACCGCUUUGCAGAACACCUCCGCUCGGUUCGCAAUAAACAACUGCACCUCCCAGUCGCAAACCAUUUCCACUCCCCCUCCCAUUCUCUAGAUGACAUGUCCAUCAUGGGCCUCCUGCAGUGCCACAAUGAUGCCACCCAAAGGUUGCAGGAACAGCAACUCAUAUUCCGCUUGGCAACCCUGCAGCCCAAUGGUAUCAAUGUGGACUUCACCAGCUUCAAAAUCUCCCCUUCCCCCACCGCAUCCCAAAACCAGCCCAGUUCGUCCCCUCCCCCCACUGCACCAUACAACCAGCCCAGCUCUUCCACUGCAUCCCAAAACCAGUCCAACCUGUCUCUGCUUCCCUAACCUGUUCUUCCUCUCACCCAUCCCUUCCUCCCACCCCAAGCCGCACCUCCAUCUACUACCUACUAACCUCAUCCCACCUCCUUGACCUUCCGUCUUCCCUGGACUGACCUAUCCCCUCCCUACCUCCCCACCUAUACUCUCCUCUCCUCUCCAGGUAUCUUCUUUUCUCUCCAUCUUCGGUCCGCCUCCCCCUCUCUCCCUAUUUAUUCCAGAACCCUCACCCCUUCCCCCUCUCUGAUGAAGGGUCUAGGCCCGAAACGUCAACUUUUGUGCUCCUGAGAUGCUGCUGGGCCUGCUGUGUUCAUCCAGCCUCACAUUUUAUUAUCUUUGCUACUAGACUAGGUGGGAUUGAGGUUCGCAAGGAAGAGGUAUUAGAAAUCCUACAGAGUGUGAAAAUAGAUAAGUCCCCUGGGCCAGAUGGGAUUUAUCCUAGGAUCCUCUGGGAAGCCAGGGAGGAGAUUGCCGAGCCUUUGGCAUUGAUCUUUAACUCUUCUUUGUCUACAGGAAUAGUGCCAGAUGACUGGAGGAUAGCAAAUU